AUGACUUCGACACUACCUAGUCUCCAGGUGGAGCUCUUAGGCAUCAUCUUGGACCAUCUGCCGGAAACCUACAACCAUAUAAGACGCAAGUGGGAGAAGAGCGACCUGAAGGCCUUCCGACAAGUGUGUCGCGAGAUCAACUCGAAGACAAGUACCUUCUUCGGCGCCAGCUUCUUCAGCGGGUUGAAUAUCGUUCGAGUGUUCAACAUUCAUAUCGCCUACUCUCGAUCCGAGGAAGCAACCAGUCCCGCUCGCAACGCUUCGAAGAGCCAAGUCCGCUAUGUCAUGGACGGAUCCUUUGCCAUUGAUAUCGACAAGGCAUUGCAAGGAUUCAAGCAUCUUAAAUAUCUAUCCUUCUGGGAAGAGACCUACGGAUACGGCAAUAACCCCCGUAAAGAGGAAAUCAGCCGCUUUUUCUGGACUCAUACGGUGAAGGAUUUCUUCUGUGCUGUCUUCCAAAAUGAUAUUCAUCUUCGUAUACUGGAAUUUACUUCCCAAAAACAGGCUCCGUUCUCGUUUCCGUUGGCACUCCUGCAACCGCUUUCGGAAUCGUUCCAUGUAUUUGAUCGACUGGCUGUGAUAAUGUUAGACGCAGCAUUCAUGGACGAAGAGGUGCGGGAGGACGAAUCCCUAGCGACUCUGGACGUCCUCCUUAACCACGCCCCUAGACUCUCUGAAUUCUCCUUCCACGGCCGAGGCCUUGUCUCUUCGAGCGCGGUUGUUGCUUGA